AUGGUGAAGUACAAUGGAGGUGGAUACACCUUGUCGUCUUUGAGAUGUGUGGCCUCAGGUGCUGCACCCUUGAGCAAGGACGUGGCUAGUAGGUUCAGGGAAAAGUUCCCAUGGGUUGGCCUAAAGCCUGGGUAUGGGCUGAUUGAGAGUUGUGCGACAGGUGUUGUCAUUCUUUCCAAUGAAGAAGCCAAAGCUCAGUCAGCAGCUUCAGGAGGUUUGCUUCAAACUUUUUCUGCGAAGGUGGUUGAUGUCGAGUCAGGGAUUGCUCAGCCUCCUUAUAGUAAAGGAAACGAGGCUGCAACUUCUGCAACCAUUGUUUCCGAUGGGUGGUUGAGGACCGGUGAUCUUGGUUACUUUGAUGAAGACGGUUAUCUUUUCAUUGUUGAUAGGAUUAAGGAGCUCAUAAAACAUAAUGGGUAUCAGAAUUGCACUUCUAGUAAUACUGGAACAGAGAAAGAACAAAACAGAAACAGUAAACAUGGAAGAAUGAAACGAGAACAGAGGAAGGAAUGGUUUGGGAAAAUUGGGGACUCUGAAGCCUGA